CAGUUCGUUGAAUCGCCAUACCGGAAUCAUGAAUGCAGCCUUUGCUCUCAUCGUGCUUUUGCUCAUCAUUGCUGCCACUUUUGCAACACCACAUUUAGAAGUCGAUCUCAACUACGAUUCCCAUCACGAUCCCCACCAAAAUCGUCAUUACUAUCGGCACCACGAUCCUCAUGCUGAUCCUCACUACGAUCCGCACCAUCACAACCAUCAUCAUUAUUAAAAAGUAAAACAUUUCAAAGUGACGCAAAAAAAUUUGCACAUUUAU